AUGAAAAAGAAAACACAUUCAGAGAAAGUAAUAGAAGGAAAAAGUGCAGUAGUAGAAAAGAAGGCAGAAGAAAAUGAUAAACGGGAGGAAAGUGGAAAGUGUCAAGUCAGUAUGGAUCAUGAAGGAUGGUUUAGAGAUUUUCUACUGUUGGGUGGAAGAUUUUUGCUGCUGCUUGCCUUCCUUUCUCUAGUGAUCUCUUUCAUUACUCCACGAAUUAAUUUCCUGUCACCAAAUGUUUCCAACCCAUCAACUGAAGUAUUAGAAGAUGAGAAGGAGAAACAAACUCGUGCUAGAAAACAACAACAGGAAAAACACCUUGAGAAGACCACUGCAUACUUGGAAAAUGUCUUGAAGCCCCGUCAGGAAUCCCAGAUUCGGAAAAAGGAGGAACACUUUUACCGAAUGACAGGAGAAACUUGGAAAUUAACAGAAGGAUUCCAACUUGGGGAAGGUGAAGAUUCAGAAGAUGAUGAUGAUUUGGAAACUACUGAAGAAACUCCCAGUAAGAAAGCUUUAAGGAAAAGGAAACUUCCAGAGAACAUUUUAAAACGACCACAUGUGCCAGAGCUGUCAAAACCUAAGAAGGUUAUAGUUUUACCAGAGGAACCAAAAGAUGCUACAGAUGGGGCUGUCACAGUCGCACUUCGAUGCCCAAGUGGACGUUUAUUUAGAAGACGAUUUUUGACAUCUCACAGUACACAAAUCUUGUUGGACUGGAUGCGGAAGGUGGGCUACCCCCCAGAAAUAUAUGUUGUUUGCACAUCAUAUCCCAGGAGACCGCUGGAGAUUAAAGAAGAGUUCACCUUGGAGAAUGCUGGCAUAACAGUGGACACUGUCUUAAACUUGGAGGAAAAAGAAAUUUGAUUAAUUGCAGGGUUGUUUGCCCAGUCCUAAUUAAAAUACAUGUGAGCAAUAUGCAAGGAUACAAAAUGUCUGUCUUCAAGAAUUAUACAACAGGAAAUUGCUGAUCAUCACUACUUAACUUUCUUUAAUUUGGCCAUACCAUUCCUCCUAAAAAAUGACAAAAAAUGAUGGACACAUUAAAUUUUGUCUUACAUUUUUACAUCUGCCUCAUUACACAUUUGGAACAACUUUUUUAACUCUGAUAUUUUCAAUAUGACUUACAUUUUGAUUAAAUGCAAGGUGAGUAGACUGAUUUCAAGAACUGUCACUUGUUUUCAGCUAUGACACACUUAUCCCAAUGUGUAUGUAGUGUGGCAUUUUUAUUCCACUCUUCUGCCACUGUCCUGCUUACCCCACUUUUCAGUUACAGCAUAUUUCGUUUUCAUGAUUUACAUUCUCUCCAUUUUACAGAUUUGCUUACUACGUAGAAAGAUAGUCUGGAGGAGACCCAUUUUUUCUUUCUCUGACUGGGUAGAUGCUUGAAGCAUAGUGUAGCUGUCAGCAGUAUGUGAUCAGCAGUAUAGAUGCUUUUUCCUUCAAAAGACAUGGUGCUGCUCAUCUGGCAACCUCCUCUGCAUGUGUUGUCUCAUAGCCCAUCAUAAAGUAGACACAGUUCCUUGCCUUUUCUGCAUCUGAGAUGCCUGUCUGCUGAGAAGAAGAGUUCAACGAGAUUUAAAUUUGACCAUUGCUUCUAUUUAUAGUUGCCCAACUCAUGUAUGUUACUACAUAAGAUGUUGGUAAAUUCUAAAAAAUGCCUUAUACAAAGAAAGAUAAGUGGAAAGUGUGACUAGCUUUGGAGUAGGCAUGUGGUUUACUUUGAAAAGGCAAUCUGGUACUAUGCAGAACAUUCUGUAUAACUGCACUACAAAUGUCCAGACCAGAUGCACCCUACCCCUCCAUUAGCAGUUGCUUUGUGAGUGACCCGUAGUUCUUCACUAUCACAUGGUACCCUUCUCGGAUCUAUAUUAGUUCACUGAAAUGUGAUUUCAGCAAACACCUAAACAUCGAUCGCACUUCAGCGAAAAUAGUUUCAGUGAUUUGCUGAAUUUACCAAGAGCAAAGUAGUAGUAGGCAUACUACUCAACUUUGCCCUUUUCUUUACUGUAGUGCGAUCUCAGAGUUAGUAUAUAUAGUUAGGGGGGCACAGCCCCCCACUUGGGUGGGUUCAAUUUACUUACAUGUUGGUCAGUUUUGCUGCGGGGCAAGUAUUUACUUGCCUUUGGUAAAUUCAGCGAAGCGCUGAAACUAUUUUCACUGAAGUGCGGUUGAUUAGGUGUUAGUUCAUCGAAAUGCAAUUUCAGCAAAUAUAGACCCCCCCCUUCUUCAGUAUGCAAAUGGACUGAAUUAUUUUUAUGCAGUUUGUUUACAAAAGCCCCCAAGGAGCAACUACAUUUAAGUAUUUUUGUGUUUUGAGCUGAAUUUAAGUACCCAAAUGCAAAGCACCAGUAGCUGAUCACUGCAUAUAUGAAUUUAUCUCAUCUGUGAAUACUGCCUCUAUUUCACAAGGUUGUCACUAUUGACGACAGUUGUGCUGUGAUAAUUUGUUUUAGAUAAAUCUAAUUAAUCUGUGUGACUUUCUUGUUAAAAUUUUCUUUCUGUUCUCUGAAGUGGAUGUUAUUAUUUUGGUCUGCAUAGUUAAUUUUGGACGUAUGCAAAGCUUAACAGCAUUCAUUUUUACCCUCAUAUUUUUGGAGGUUUGUGACACUGACCAAGCAAGGAAUUAACUGUAGGAAAGUUAUCGGCUCACCUUUCAUUUAAUUAGGACAAGGUGAGUCUUUUCCAUGGGAUCUGACCUGGACAACUAUGUAUUGAAGCAAUCCCACCACCAGUAUACUGCUUUAAAAUAUUUAUGCCAUUUCUGCAUAUUUUUUAUUGUUAAAAAUGUUGUAUAAAUUAUCAUAAUAGGUAGGUUCUGAGUUGCACAGAUCAAGUGCCAUUGUAAAAUUGUACAUGCAGUUUGCCCUUAUAAAGGUCUUUGUUGUCCAAGGCCAUGUGUGUUUUACAGGAUAACUAUUUGAGUAAUAGUUAAAAGUAUGUUUUAUGUAACUUUUUUACAUUGCUGUUUUCUGUCUUUAUAAAUGAAUGCAUAUGUUAUAAAGAGCCACUUAAUAAAUCACAAAGCUGAAGCCUUGUAGAGAAA